AUGCCAGCCCAAGUUGCUGAACAAAUUGUGGACGUCACAAUCGCCAGCACGUCCAUCUCGCCACCUCCGGCGAAAAAACCCCUCUGGAAGUUGUCGAAACACAACGGUGAACGCGUCGUUGACGUUGAUGGAUACAAGCAGCGUGCGGCCGCGCUUUGCCUUCGUCGGGGCCAGAAGUCGAUUGAGGUCCUUUUGAUCAACGGAGGAAAUGAGGGCGAGUGGGUCGUACCGGGAGGAGGUCUAGAACGAGCUGAAAGUCCUUUGGACGCUGCGAUACGCGAGCUGGAAGAGGAGGCUGGAGUGCGCGGUGACGUGCUCGGCACGAUUGGAGUGUUUGAGGAGAGCCACGCAAAGCGGCGCAGCUCCCUCGUCGUGCUGUCGCCCAAGGAGGAGCUCAAAGUCUGGGAGGAGGGAUCGUUGGGUCGCCGCCGGAAGUGGAUGAGCAUGGACGAGGCCAUCCUUGCCGUCAAGGACAGCCAUAAACCCCUGCUCCAGGCCGUCGUCAUCCGA